AUGGCCUGGCUCCAGGUUGUCGGCGGGUUUUUAGUAAUCUUCAAUGCUCAAGGACUUAUUCAGUCGUACGGUGUCUUCCAGGCCUAUUAUGAGGCCGUUCUCCUCCCUACAGAAUCACCAGCUACAAUUGCCUGGAUCGGGAGCUUUCAGCUCUUCUUUCUCUUUUCCAUGAGCAUCAUGGUUAGCCCACUUAUUGACAAAGGCCACUUCCGUCUCGGCUUCAACGGAGGCUGUUUUCUGAUGUUCGUGUCGAUUUUGAGCACUAGCUGGUGCUAUAAGUUCUGGGAACUAUUAUUCGUUCAAGGGAUCUUGACGGGCAUCGGCAUGGGCAUGGCUUUUGGGAGUGGGAUCCUGGUCCUGCAGUCGUACUUCACCAGUCACUUAGGCAUCGCAGCUGGUCUUACGUCUGCAGGUGGAUCUGUCGUCUUCGCCGCUGUUGCUGGAGGCACCUUAGUUGUCGCAAACUGUAUUGUUCGUCAGGGUCCAAAUGCCAGCAACGGCAGAACUCAAAUGGACUGGGCUAUGUUCACGGAUGUGCCAUUCCUAUUGAUGUCAGCUGGUUUCUUCCUCACCUUCUGGGGCAUCUACUUCAGCUUCUACUUCAUCGUAGCAUACGCUCAGUCUCACCUACACCUCGACAACCACGCAUCAGUCACCCUCCUGAUCCUCAUGAACGGAGCCAACCUCCCAGGUCGCCUGCUCCUUCCUCUCCUCUCAGACCGCCUCCUCGGCCCAGUCAACACGAUCAUCCCGUGCAUCUUUGCGACGUCCGUCCUCCUGUUCACCUGGAUCAGCGCCACGAGCCACACCGGUAUCACGGUCGUCGCUUGCUUCUACGGGUUCUUCUCCGGUGCGGUGCAGGGGUUGUACAACCCGGUUAUCUGGAAGUUCGCAGACGAUCCGCUCAAGAAGGGCGUGAGGGUCGCGUUUGUCUUCAUGUGGAUCAGCAUCGCGGCACUUACGGGCAGCCCGAUCGGUGGGGUUAUCAUCAAGCGUGAGAAUGGCGGGUAUCUGGGUGCACAGUUGUUCGCUGCCUUGACUGUUCUGGUCGGUGGAUGCCUCAUGGUUGCUGCGAGAUAUGCAAAAGAGGGUUGGCGUAUAGUGAAAUUGUGA